GUUCGUAGAAACAAACUGUUUUUUAUUGUUUGAGGAAGUUUGUGUCAGCGGCAAAAGUAUCGAUCCACCAGAGCCUCUGUACCCGGACAAACCUGUCUCAGUGGACUUUUCCUUUUCUAAAUGUUUUGUGUCCGACUAAUCUUCCGUUAGACAACAACAGAGCAUGGACUGUAUUUAAGCUACAGAGCUGCUGGAGUUAGCUUAGCUUAGCAUGUUAGCUGGUUAGCACCACGGCGCUACUCUGAGUGGCUGUUUGAUGGAGGGAAAACUUUGUUUCUGACAGAGUUUGUGUGGAGAAAAAGUUUGUGUCUCUUUGUGACAAUGUCUAAAGUCCAAACGGUGAGAGCGCUGGUGGAGCAGCGACUGACUGCGGCUGCUGAAGAGAUAUUUGGGCUGUUUGAAAGAACGAUAGCAGAGUACGAGGAGCAACUUUGUCGUUCAAAAGAGAAGAACGAGCGACAACAGAAACUACUGGACGCUGUUUUCAACCCUCAGAUUCAGCUACACAGAGCAGACGUUCAGCAGCUGUUUGUGAAUGAAGAAGAGGUUCCCCCUGAGCAGCAGGAGUGGAGCUUCAGUCUGGACCAGGACCAGGAGGACCCAGAGCCCCGACACAUUAAAGAGGAACAGAAGGAACUCUGGAUCAGUCAGGAGGGAGAGCUGCAGCUUCAAGGACGGGAGGAGGCUGAUAUCGAGUUCCCGUUUCCUCCUGGCUCAGUGAAGAGUGAAGAUGAAGAAGAGAGACCUCAGUCCUUGUGGUUGCAUGAAAGACAAGGUGAGGAGAACAGAGAUACAGAGCAUUUGGAAACAGACUCUGAUGGAGAGGACUGUGGAGGAUCCGAACCAAACACAAACUCAGAUCCAGGUAGUCCUCUACAGCUUACCGAUGACACAAACUCAGAUCCAGGUAGUCCUCUACAGCUUACCGAUGACACAAGUUCAGAUUUCUCCGAACACGAGACUGAAGACAGUAGUGAUUGGGAGGAGACUGAGGAACCAGGUUCAAACUCUUUGCAAAACAAUGAAGUACCUGUAAGUGAUGUGGAUUGUAAUUCUAGAAACACACCAGAUAUCGGGUUUGAACAUGCUGUAAACUUUAUCCACGGGAAUCGUCUGCAUAGAAAGGCUGGAAUCCAAACUGGGGAGAACCAAUUUAGAUGUUCUAUCUGUGGCGAAACUUUUAAAAGAAAGACAAGUUUGAGGUCACACUCAAAAGCUCAUUCAAGUAAAGAAAAAUACACCUGCAGAAUUUGUAAGCUAUGUUUCUUCUACAGUGUCCAUUUGGAGAGACACAUGAAGAUUCAUAGCGGGGAGAAACCGUUUAGUUGUUCAGUAUGUGAGAAAACGUUUGUUAAGCUGAGUUAUCUGAAACAACAUCUCUCUCUCCACACAGGGGAGACUAAAUUUAGAUGUUCAGUUUGUAAGAGGAAAUUUGCCAAAGACAGUUAUUUGAAGCAACAUUUGCUUGUCCACACAGGGGAGAAACCCUUCAGUUGCUCAGUUUGUGGGCAAAGCUUUACACACCAAUGUACUUUAAAACGACACAUGACUCUCCACACGGGGGAGAAAUAUACUUGCAAUGUUUGCAACAGAGAUUUCACUCGGAUCUAUUCCUUGAAAAUUCACAAGUGUGUUGGAGAGAGCGGUGGAAAUAAAUGAAUCUUGGAGAUUAUUAGUUAUCAUGGAGACCGCUAAUUGGUAUUUGAAGUCAAUAAGCAUAUAUAUGGGUCAAUGACGUGAUCUAACCCAGUGUCAGUUGGUGAAACCAGUCAUUUUUUCCCGCAUAAAAAUCUGAUUAUAUACAGGGAAAUAAAUGUGAACUAAAAUUCGAAAAAAUACAAUCCACGUUUACAUUACAACAUUGUAUAUGGUAUAUAACAAUUUUUUUACAUAAUUUGUCAAAAAAAUGGUUGUUUUUAGAAUAUGUUCUUCUCAAAAUUGACGAAAUUUGUACAUGUAGAAAUACUAAAAAAAAAUAAUUCAUUUGAUUUUUUUUUUUUAAUUAAGUAAUCAUAUGUAUAAGUUAGGGUUGUCACAAUACUAAAAUUUUCAACUCGAUACCGAUACUCAGGAAAAUAUUCGAUACUCGAUACCAUUUUCGAUACCACAAGGAUAAAAAAAAAAAAGACCCUAAAAUUUAACAGAAAUAUUUUUAUGAACAAGAAAAAUGCAACAUGUAAAAAUGAACAGAACCACAGGUUAAAUAUUUAUAAUAAAAAACAGUUGUGCAAAAAAAACUGCAGCUAUGAUAACAAGCUUCAGGUCUGAGGUAGUGCUACUACUUUUAUACUUUUUUGAGUAUCGAUA